GCACCCGUCGGUGUGAAUAAAAAAACGAUCCCGAGUAUUGCCGUGGAUGAAAAAACUCAACUAAAAUAUAUUAACAUUGAUUGAUUAAUACACUAAUAUUUACAUAUAAUUAUAUACACUAACAACUUACAAUCUAGUUUUUUCCACAAUCAAAACCACUACAAAACUCCUACUUUGGGGAUUGCAAGGGCGAUCCUACAAAUCAAAUCACGAAUUACAACAAGGAACAUUUACUACUAUACAUAUCUUACGGCAAACAACAGUAGUCAAAAACAAUAACGAUUACUCUACAGGACGGAAUUAACGAUGGAAAAUAGACCUACAAUUUCACAAGAACAAUUACACUACAUUUUCUUGACUACAAAUCUCACAAACUUACGACAAGAUCUAAACUUCUUCACUAAUGGACGGUACAAACAGUUCUAACACGAAUAGAUAAAAUUACGAUGGGGGAAUCCCCACCUUCAUAUCUGUGGUAGUCGAGUUCAACUCCUGGGGAUCGCAGCAAGCGAGGAGACUGACGAAAACGGACGACAGUCAUCGGUAGGCAGCAGACACGUCAUUAAUACUGAUAUAGUGCAAACAUCGGACUUCAAUAAAGGAUUAUUAUAGAUUAGUUAGUGACUACAAGAUAUUGAUAAAUACCACAUAUUGGCGACGAAAAGUGAAUCCACGUGUGCGCGGGAAGUUGAACUGGACAAUGGAGGAUCAACUAUUUAAGAUUCCGCCUUUCGAUUGCGAAAACGUGCCCUUAUCCGAACUUCGGCAAACGUGGUUCGACUACAAAAAGCAAUUUGAGUAUGUCGCUGAGGCUCUGAGCAAAAAGAAGCGGAGGAAGCUGAAAAGUAUUUUCCUAGCUGUAGGAGGACGACAACUUCAACGUGUCUAUGAAAACUUAACUACACAUGACGACGAAGCUCCCGAAGGCGAAGAUGAAUUUAGCACGGUAAUUCGUAGGUUGGACAAAUAUUUCGCACCAAAAAGGCAAGAUACUUUCGAACGUUACUCGUUUUGGACCUUGGCGCCAUCGGCCGGAGAAACCCUGGAUAAAUUCCUACAAAGAGCAAAAACAGCUGCAAACAAAUGCCAAUUUGGUUCUACUGAGCGCGAAAGUAGAGAUGCGGCUGUAGUCGAUAAAGUGGUGAUGUUAGCCCCUCCGGAUUUGCGUCGGAAAAUUCUGGAGAGAUCCAAUAUAAAUCUAGACGAUUUGACGAAACUCGUGAAUUCGCAUUUGUCCAUUCAACAACAAGUUCGCGAACUGAACCAGCAUGCUCAAGGACUAGGAAACAUGCAAGCGAAUCGCAGUGGUGCUCUGGUGAACAAAAUCGAAGAAAAGGCCUCGAACGACCAGACCGGUCGCUGGACCCAUGGACGAAUGACCACUGAAUGCGGCAGAUGCGGAAAUAGGCCGCACAAGCCAGAAGACGUUUGCCCGGCAAAGAAUGAGCAGUGUCGUAUUUGUAACUAUUUUGGUCACUUCGCCAAGAAAUGCAGAACGGAUCCAAAGAAAUACAAGAUGCAACCGUCAAUCCCGGAAAAGCGUAAGUUGGAAGAACCUGGCGGGCGGCAGCAUACUGAUCGUAUAAAGGUACCGAGGACCGGCGACAUUGAAGUGCAGAAGUUGGGUGUAAGAAAAGAUGUUCGAGAGAAGUCGUUCGUAUAUGCCAUUAGUGACAACCACGAUGAGAUGAUUUGGUGUAAGGUAAGGGAAGCACUAUCAAAAUCGGAUUGGAGUGAUGAAAUAAUCAAAACGGAAGCAAAGGCAUAUGUUCCAUUUCAAAAGGACCUUAGUUUGCUUGAAGGAUGCGUAAUCCGUGGUUGUCGUCUUGUUAUUCCAAAACAACUACGACCACGCAUGCUACAACUUGCCCAUGAGGGUCACCCGGGUGAGACAGUAAUGAUAAGUAGAUUGCGAGAUAGAGUUUGGUCUUUGGCCAUAGAUGAUGAUGCCAGAAGGACUGUAAGGAGUUGUGAAGGAUGUCGUUUGGUAAGCAAGCCCUCUGCUCCGGAGCCAAUGCAGCGGCGGUUGAUGCCUGAUGAACCAUGGGUGCAUGUCGCAAUGGAUUUCUUGGGUCCGCUUCCAUCCAAUGAGUAUUUGUUGGUAAUCGUGGACUAUUACAGCCGAUAUAAAGAAAUAUGUACAAUGAAGAAAAUCACCAUAAAGCGUCUAGAACCAAUUUUCGUUCGUCAGGGCUAUCCUAGAUCGAUUACUUUGGAUAAUGGACGACAGUUCAUCAGUAAAGAUUUUGAAGACUAUUGUUCAACAAGGAAUAUUGUACUGAACCAUACCGCUCCAUACUGGCCACAAGUCAAUGGAGAGGUAGAACGGCAAAACAGUUCACUGUUGAAACGUCUCAAGAUUAGCCACUCACUAAACCGAGAUUGGAAGACGGAUCUACUCCAGUAUAUGAUGAUGUACAACACAACUCCUCACUCGGUAACAGGCAAAGCACCUACUUCCUUGUUGCAGAACCGAGUAAUUCGUUCAAAGAUGCCAUCUAUCAAGGACCUCGAAUCAGCACCACCAGUCAGCUCUGGAGUUCAUGACAGGGAUACAGUAUCAAAAUAUAAAGGAAAGGAGAGUGAAGAUGCAAGACGUCACGCCAGACUAUCGGAUAUUCAAGUAGGAGACAAAGUCCUUUUGCAAAACCUCGUUUCAGCUGGCAAGUUAACUCCUACAUAUGAUAAAGCGGAAUAUGAAGUAUUAGAAAGAGUUGGAAAUCGAGUGAGAAUAGCAGAACCAGUGUCUGGACGAGUCAUCGAGAGAAAUGUAGCCCAUGUAAAGAAGAUUCCUGCUUUUGAUCUUAGCCCUGGAAUCGAAGAACUUCCAGCAAUCGAGGAUGAGCCACCCGCUUUAGAAUUUGGAUAUGUACCUCGCCCUUGUCGCCGCGUGACCCGUCCUUUGUGGCAACAAGAUUACAUCAUCCACUCUACUGAGGACGCUUAGUCUUUUGCUUUUGUGAAAAAAAGGAGAUGUGGUAGUCGAGUUCAACUCCUGGGGAUCGCAGCAAGCGAGGAGACUGACGAAAACGGACGACAGUCAUCGGUAGGCAGCAGACACGUCAUUAAUACUGAUAUAGUGCAAACAUCGGACUUCAAUAAAGGAUUAUUAUAGAUUAGUUAGUGACUACAAGAUAUUGAUAAAUACCACAAUAUCCAUCACAUUGCCUAUUCCCACAAUGGUAGAAAUGCAGUGGAUGAAGUGUUUGCCAUUUCUCCCCUUUCCACACGGUGUACCACUUGCCUACAUACACGAGACAACAACAACAACACCGUGUGCGUUCGCUCGCUCCGGUUGCGUUCACAGUUUCUCACGACGACGACAACGACGACGCACAGUGGGACGAAUUCAAAAAAAGUGGGACAUUGGGUUUUGCGGCAAAACUAUUGGUUAUAGCCAUUUGGUGUCUUCGGAGGAGUUUCAUUGUUUUUUAAGUACUUUUUAGAGGUGUAACAUUUUUUAGGUUAAGGGGGUAGUACACCAAGAUAGAAAAAUAUUUUUAAUUAGUGGUCAAAAUCGAAUGACUUCUAUGAAAAUAUUGUAGAUUAAGCCAUUUUGAGAAACUUUGUCUAAGACGGGAACGUUCUAUCUCCAAAACUUACAAAGUUAUGAGCACUAAUAUAAGCAUAUAGUGUAAAACUAGCUUAAAAAGUGUUUUUUCGACAUAACUUUUUUGUUUAAAUUUUCUCGGGUUUACAAUGUUCAGCAAAGUUGCAGAUACUGUAAAAAUGCAUAUCUUUUCUGAAGACUGCAAAGU